AUGAAGCGUCCCAAGUUAAAGAAAGCGAGUAAGCGGGUGUCAUGCUCAACGCGCUAUAAGAUCCAGAAAAAGGUUCGAGAACACAACAGGAAACUGCGGAAAGAAGCAAAGAAGAAAGGAGUCUCCACGCGGCCGAAGAAGGAUCUGGGCGUUCCCAGCAGCGCCCCCUUCAGAGAGGAAGUGCUGAGAGAAGCUGAGCAGAGGAGACUACAGAUUGAAGAAGAGAAAGAGAAAAGAAAACAGGCUAAAAAAGAUGAGAGAGCGCAGAAACGACAACGAGAGAAGGACUGUGGGGAGACAAAGGAAGAGACCAAGGCAAAGAAGAUUCGAAAGGAUGAAGUUCAGAGAAAACAGAAAGCGUUAGAGAAGAAUUCCAAACAUUACAUUUGUUCCCAGAUAAAUAAGGUGAUUGACAGCUGUGAUGUGGUGGUGGAGGUCCUGGACGCUCGUGACCCUUUGGGCUGUCGCUGUCCACAGCUCGAGGAGAUGGUUCUACAAAAAAACAAGAAACUAAUUUUUUUAUUGAAUAAAAUAGAUCUAGUGCCGAAAGACAACGCAGAGAAGUGGCUCCAGAGUUUGCAGCGGGAGUGUCCUGUUCUGUUGUUCAAAGCCUCCACUCAGAUUCAGGAUAAAACUCUGCAGGAGAAAAGAUCUCGUGUCACUCCCUCUCACGGCCUGUUGGACAGAUCUCGCAGCGCUGCGUGCUUCGGUCACCAGUGUGUGUCAGAUGUUCUGUCCACAUUCUACACGGCGACAGAGCGGGAGGGGAUGCUGAAGGUGGCGCUCGUGGGUUUUCCCAAUGUCGGCAAGAGCAGCGUCAUCAACAGCAUCAAAGGCGUUCUGGCCUGUAACGCCGGCGUGAAGCGGGGAAUCACAAAGUCAAUGCAAGAGGUGCACCUUCAGCGUAGCAUAAACCUGGUGGACAGUCCUGGGAUCGUGGCCUCAGACUCUAAUCCGGCUCCGGCUUUGGCUCUGAGGUCUCUGAGAGUCGAGGAGGGACUGGACUCUGAGCUGCAGGCAGCGAGUACACUGCUACGUCACUGCGACAAGACGCAGGUGAUGCUGCAGUACACAGUCCCAGAUUACAGAAAUCCUCUGGAGUUCCUGACGCUUUUCGCCAAAAAACGUGGAUUUCUGCAGAAAGGGGGAGUGGCCAACACAGAGCAGGCGGCAGCGGCGUUCCUCUCAGACUGGACCGGUGCGAAGAUGAGUUACCACUGCAGACCACCAGAGCACAACAGUCUGCCCUCGUACCUGUCUGAGGAAGCUGUGGCAGCGAUGAGGACCGGCUGGGACCUGAAGAGGAUCAGAGCCGGAAACGAAGAAGCUCUCAGAGAUGUGAAGUUUCCAAAUCCAUCCAGCAGCAUCAGCUUCAGCUCCAGAGGUCCCACUGUGGGCCUCCUGCAUGUGGCUGAGAAUGAGGUGCAGGAGCAGAGAUCCAGAGAGGAGGUGCUGCAAAGAGGUCCUGGUGAGGAGGUGGUGAAGGAGCAAGGUCCUGGUGAGGAGGUGGUGAAGGAGACAGGUCCUGGUGAGGAGGUGGUGAAGGAGCAAGGUCCUGGUGAGGAGGUGAAGGAGCAAGUGGAGACAAAGACACCUGUGAAAAAUGCGGCGGCGAAAGUGGCUUCUCUGUACGUCUCCAACACCGACGGCUACGACUUUAAUGUGGAUUUUAAAUGA